AGGCUUCCUAAGAGCAAGACAAAGGAAAGAAUAGUUAGGGGCAGUUAGUUCAAGUGGGCCCCUCUCCACCCCAUCUAACCUAGGGAUGCUCAAAAAAGCCUUGUGAUGAGAAGAGAUCCUGACCGUUGGAUGGGGUGGCGUAGGAUUCUCGAGUUGAGUACACGUGCUGCCAUCUUUCCUUUCCUCAUUCUAUCUUUGCUUCCAUGCAUGGAUUUCUCCUCCCAAUCUUAGCGAAAGGGGAGAGAGAGGAGAGAAGAGAGAGAGAGUCUCUACCUUACUUUUCUUAUAACCCAUCCGGUGGAAUUUUUUUAUUUCUUCUUUUCAUUUCAUCUCCACGAUAGCAUGAUUUCAAUAUCUUGAGAUCUACUUCUUGGACGAGAAACCCAAGAAAUCCGAGAUGGUUCUUCUCAGAUUUGUUAGAGCUUCAAAGAAAUCCAAUGAUCUGAUUGGCUAGAGCUCUUUACUUGGAUUUCUGAUCUGCGUUUUGCUCUGUUUCUUUUUUAGUACUUGGAUUUCUGCUGGUGGAAGAAGAUCAAGAACAGAUCGUUUCUUACAGGUUUCCUCAUCCGAUUCGAAGCUUUGUUUGGUUUUUUCAUCGGAUUUUGCUUUGGUUCUCCUAAGAUUUUUGAAUUUUUCAUCAAUGGAGAUGGAUCAAGAACAGAGGCAUUGCUGCAAGUUCUGCAAGAAGAAGUUUCCAUGUGGGAGGUCUUUGGGUGGUCACAUGAGGUCCCACAUGACCAUGAAUUCAGCUGAAGCAGAUGAGCUGCUACAGAGGAGGAAGAAAGCUCCUGCUGAUGGUGGGGCCGACAGCAGCUCUGCCGGUGUUGAAGGUGGGGCCCAUGUCGGCUACGGCCUGAGAGAGAACCCCAAGAAGACAUGGCGGAUGUCUGACUCGAUCGAUGGCGGUUUCCGGCGUGGGAAGGUCUGUAAGGAAUGCGGUAAAGGUUUCCAGUCCUGGAAGGCUCUCUUUGGUCACAUGAGAUGCCACACAGCAGAGAGGCUUCAUCAUCCCCGCCGGGCUGAUGAAGAGGAUUCUUGGAGUGGAGGUGGGACCCACAAGGCGGUCUUUGACAGCCAGUCGGAUAACGAUGGCGGGCCACUGCCAAGGAAGAGAAAGAGGAAGAGGAGAUUGAGAAGAGCAAAGUACGGUACGGUGUCGUCUUCUGUUUCUGAGGUGGAGCAAGAACAGGAAGAUGUAGCUAUCUGUUUGAUGAUGCUCUCAAGGGAUGUCUGGUCUUGGGGUGAAUUGAACUCAGUUGCCGAGUCGUCCGACAACAUUUCUGUGGGUUUAGAGGUCCGGUCGUCGGAGGCAGGUAAGGGAAUUAUCGAAAAGGAUGGGGAUAUUGUCUGUGACGAUGACAAGAUGGAGAAGAUGAAGAAACCAAGAGACAAGGAACAACCCAAUGAUGUUUCUGAUACAGAGAGUGCUGAGUUUGAGAGAAAGGGAUCUGAAUCAAUCAGCAUUUUGGGAUCUGGGUUUUCAAGGAAUCGGGCAAAGAAGGCCGAAUCGGACAUCUCUGAUGAACGGUCUGAUGCUGAAUUAUCAGGCCAGAGGGCCAGAUUUGAAGUCUUGGAUGAGGAAUUAGGGAAGGAUCACUUUAAGAAAGACAGGCAUGAGUAUUCUGAUUUUGAACUGAAGAGAGCUUCUUGCAACAGGAAUCGGUUGAAUGGUGCAGUAACUGAACUUGGUAAGGAUCCAUGUAAGGAAAAUAGGUCCGGUCAAUGUGAUUUGGAUUCUGGGAAGUGUAAUCCAAGCAAGAGAGCUAGAUAUGAUACUUAUGAUGCUGAAAUGAGCCGGAAUUCCUAUAAGAAGAGCAGAUUCGAGUGCACGACCUGCAACAAGAUUUUCCACUCUUACCAGGCUCUUGGAGGUCACAGGGCUAGCCACAAGAGGGUCAAAGGCUGCUUUGCUUCAAAGAUCGAAAGCAGCGAAAACAGUAUCGAGACCAAUGCCUCACCCAAUCAGAUGGCCGAUGUCAAACUCAAGUCCUGCAGAAUUGAGAACAUGACUGACAGGGGUGGGGGUGGUGAGACCAGCUACAGGCCUAAGAAGAUCAAGGGUCACGAGUGCCCAAUCUGUCUCAAGGUUUUUGCUUCAGGCCAGGCUUUGGGUGGCCACAAGAGGUCCCACAUGAUGGGGAGUUCAGAUGCCAGACCUGAUGCUUGCCAGACCAUUGUAAUUCAGCAACAUCUGCCUGAGAUUCCUGAUAUGCUUGAUCUCAAUCUCCCUGCUCCAAUCGAUGAGGAUAGCAUUGGCCAUGUUGGGUUCAACUCAUGGUGGCCUGGAGGCAACCACAAGCACGAGCCAAUGGUGGGCCUGAUCUCCAAUUGAGAUGCCGACGUCAGUCAUGGUCCCGACGAUGGAGCAAGAGUGUACAGACAGACAGUUGAUGGAUAUUAUUCAUUGAUUCUUUACGGAUUUGCAUUUGCCUGCAAGAUUACUAUCUUUGGAUAUUUACUGCAAGAAAAAGCUAGCUAAGGUGUAUGUGAUAUCUUACAAGGAAUUAUAGGGUCCUACUGCAUCAGAUGAUGAAUCAAGCAAAUUAGGGGCAAGUGGAGCCAUGGUUUGGUGAUUGUGUUGGAUCAAUUGUCACAAGACCCUUUUGAUCCUAGCUGUUCGUGUAGGAGAUCCCAGGUUUUGAGGAGUCUUGGGAUGUUACUACUACCUCAAUUGACUCAGUUUUCAUUCUGUAAAAGUGGGGUCCAUGGUUCAGUAAUCUGGACCGUUGCAUUGAUACAACCUGGAUGGGUCGUAUCCCAAAGAUCUCUCAGACUGAAAGAUCCUACCCUCAAACCUUGAGUAUAUUUUUUUAUCACCUGAAUUGGAUCAGCCUCUGUAUUUCUUUUCUUAAACGUCAAUCUGCAGGGUGGAAAUUGAAAGGAUAUGAUUGUCCUAUCAAA